UGUCGGCCGCAGGAGCGCCCCGACCUGAGACUCUCCAAAAAUAGCCGUAGUACGAACGACAACAGAAGGGUUUCUGUGAAAACUCUCCUGUUGAGUGGUGAAACGCAGAACCGAGGGGAAAAAGGGAAAAACCGCUGUCGGCCCGAGACUGACACAGUUGUUUAGAUGGUCCUCCUCGGAUUGUGACAGUCAGACCCCACUGUUGAAAAAUGCAGGUCCUGCACGAGCUCGAGGCGGCGGCCAAAAUAAUGCUGGCCCCUCCAUCGCUGAUAACACCUGAGCAGAGGGCGGCCGCUGAAGGAAUUUUCAUCAAUUUCCGAAAAAGCAAGACACCCUAUCGCUUGUGCAAGCUUAUACUCGAGAACAGUGGGGUAGACUACGUGCUGUUUGAAUGCGGUUCGACCCUGAAGGCGGCGCUGAUCAGGGAAUGGAAGCAGCUCCAGCCCCAAGAGAUCGUCGAGCUGAGGCAGUACCUGCUUGAGUUUAUUUUGCACAAACCGUGCCUUGCGACGUUCGUCAGGGAGAAAAUACUUCAAGUGAUAUCGAUAAUGGUGAAAAGGGAAAGUGUGGCUGAUUUCGGCCAGAGCAGGGCGAGUAUCAUUGACGAAGUGGAAAAGCUGAUACUCGAAGGGGACCUUCAGAAGCAAACGCUCUGCUGCAGCCUCCUCACUUCUCUGAUGCAAGAACACGGCAAUACAAUGAAGUCAUCGGAUGUCGGACUGACGUGGGAGACUCAUUUCAAAAUUAAAAAACAAUUUGAAAUGUCUGAUCUCAAGAAGAUUCUGACAAUUUGCAUAAGGGCGCUCACAGAGUUGUCAAAUCUUCCAGCUGACAGCCUCCUCAAACAGAUCCUUGCGCUGUCUGAAGCGGUAUUGAGUUGGGGAUUUGUAGCAUUGAAACUUGGUAGUCAGUUAUCAAAUAUUAUAGUAGGUAUCUUCGAGGAAUCGUAUGAAGCCGAACAGUACCCUUCUUUAAAACUAUCAGCUAGUUGGAAGGAACUGUUGCUAGAAAAGAACAUAGUGAAUCUGUAUUUUGAUGUGUACUGGAAGAUAAGGGACAACCCGCAUUUGGCUCAUUACGCGCUUAACUGUCUUGUACAGUUGGCUUCGCUUAACGGACCUGUCGUAUCUAACAAAGAACAAAGAUUACAGUAUUUUUCUAAUUAUAUUGAACUUUUUAUUAAGCUCAUUACAAAUAUUAAAGUGCUCGAUAGAGAGGCCCUUGGUAUAGCAAACAUAAUUAAAAACAUUAUCACCUACUAUCCACCAUCCCUUAUUGUCACUCUACCUCCUUUAAUAUUGAAACCGUUUUUAGAAAAUUUAACAAGACUGACUUGUUUCUUCACCGAAGAAGGCAACGAUUACAGUGAAAACGGUGGGACAUACGCUGAGGGGCUUGACACACUUCUCAGGUUAUGGCUCACAAUGGCUAGUGACAACUCGUACCUAAAAGAUUUUGUAAACCAAGCAUCCUGCGAAAUUUUUCACACAUACUUAAAAUGUCACCUCGCCCCUCCUUUUGGAACCAGACGUCCGGGAGAAGACGAUGAAGAAACAUGCGAAGAAACGUCUUUUAACAGAGAUAGACUUAAAGAUCAACUUUUGACAAUCGGACUCCUUGGUAGGCAGGCUCCAGGAUUCUCGCUGCCACUCCUGGCUAAACUUCUAGAAGACAGGACGAAUGCUUUGAAAACGCUUUUAGAAGAGAUUGCAAGCAGAAAGCACGAUUUGAAUAAGGCUAUGGAAUGGCUGAACACCCUGUACGACGAUAUCCAUUGGAUCAUCAUGAUAUCGGGCCAUGUCAUCACGCUGGAGAGCGUGGGCGAAAUAACAAUGAUGCCUUUGGAUCUGUUGGAUCACAGCAUCCAACAGAAAGCGUCAGUUGAAACUACGCUCAAACUCCUCGUCUCUCCCAUUUCAGAAGUACCAGGCGCCGAAGAGGCCGCAGAUCAUAUUGUAAGGAUAGUCGCAGCGAUGCUACGUCUGAGCGAGUUGGAAUUAAAAGUGAACCAAGUCAACCUCGAACCUGGAUUCAGCACACAAAUAGCUGAAAAUAUUAUGUGGUUUUUUAGGGUGUGGUCUUUUUCAUAUUUAAUGCCUACUGAGAGUUAUUAUGCCGAGAUUAGUAUGGCUUUAAAUUGUGCAUUUGGCCAAAAUUCCGAAGGCGCUCUUUGGAUUGUAAACAACUUACUGCGGAAAAUAGAAUUCAAUCUGCGCUUUUAUAGGAGUGAAGUCAUUUUAAUCAAAGAGACGAUACAAUUAUUAAUUUCACUAGUUGACAUGAGAGAAAAGGUGAGCUGUGUUUUGAAGAGUGAAAGUUUCUGGGCUUUGGUUGAAUCUCAACAGGGGCAGGAUAAAAGCCUCAACACCAAAGCUGCAAACAGCGGCGUCAUGAAGGCAUUUGUCCUGGGAGGGAUCGCUCUCGAGAGCGGAGAAAAGCAGGAAGAAUACUGGGGCCAAAUUAUCAAACCUAUAGUAAAUAGGAUGAAUGAAAUUUUAAACGGAGAGAAUUUUAAAAAGACUUAUCAACAAGUGAGUGUUAGGAGUGAGAUACAAACGAUCCUCGAACUGAUUAUCGGCGUGGGACAAGGAGGGCACGUGACGACAGUACAUUCCCUUUUUGCGAUAUUGGCACCGUUCCUUGCCCAGUGCUCGCAUCUAACAGCCAUUUACUGCAACUACCAGAUCAUCAUCGAGGACAUAUUCCAACUGUUUUGUGAAACUGCGCGUACUUACCUAACGUACCUCACUCCUGUUGAGACAAGGACUUUUUAUGAAGCAUGUUUAAAUACGAUUCAGAUUUACGCAAGAACAAAUCAAGGGCGCAAAUCCAUACAUCCAAAUAUGGAAGAAGACACGUUCAAUGAUAUUCACCUCCUUAUGGAGCUUUUGUUAACGAUUUACGCUAAAGAUUGUAUCGAUUUGAGUCCAGCCGAAGAUGUCCCCCAGAGCGAACCAUCCGUUACCGCUACAGAUAUUUGUCUAUAUGGCCUGAAAAUAUUAAUGCCUUUAAUGACUAUAGAGCUGUUAAAGUGUCCAACAUUGUCAUUACUUUACUACAAGAUAAUAGCGUUUGUAUGCGAAUUGUAUCCGAAAAAGAUAUUGAGACAAGAGCCAGCCCUUUUAGAAGGCAUUCUCCAAACCGUCCAGUUGGGCCUUCAGUCAUUAGGGAGAGAAAUUAACGCUCUCUGUUGUGAAUUUAUUGUUGCUCUCGGGACUUGCAUAUUUAGUGAAGACCUUGGAGGAAGUUGUAAAUUAUUAGUUCCUUUUAUUAAGAUUUUAAUGGACAUGAUUCUAUGUCAGCAAGUAAAUUCCAGUAAUUUUCAAAACAUAGGAAAAGCUCUUUUCGUCCUUAUGUGCUGUUACAAGGAAGAAUAUCAGAGGAGCGUCCAGUGGUGGGUGGAUUCACAAACCGAUCCCGCAGUCGCACAAAGGCUUGCUAAUUGUUUCACACAGUUGACAGAAAAUAUUCCGCUCUCCAUCCAGCGGCGUAACAUGGCACAAUUUAAAGAAUCUUUUGAGAAGUUUGUGGUGGAAGUACCCUUAUUUCUACUUGUCAAGUGAUCCGAGUUUUUGCAUUUCCAAGAUUUUGUUUUGUUUGUUGUCGACUGCACGUGUGUAAAUAUUGUGUUGUUCAAAAGGAGUAAAGUUUACAAAAUGUAAAAAGUUGGUUCGUUUGUUUUUGUUUUUCUUUCCUGUUUUUUUCAGUUUAAAAAAAACUUUUUAAACCAAAGUUGAUCGUAUUUUAUCUUUUGUUUUUAAACUAACAGAAUUUUUGUAUAAAAUAUUUGAAAUUUUGUGUUUUUAACUUCUGUUAUUUUACAAGAAAUGUGUAUUUUGUACAGUCACCGUUUCAGACAAAAAUGUAAAACAUGUUU